ACUGAAGUGGGUGGGAGCAGGUGGGGGAAAGAUGAGGGAGGCGUUAUAAGAGAGGUCAUGAGUUCUCAGUGUGUCACUGUUGAAGGAUCGUACCACAGAGUGGGUUCUGCUGCUGUGACCCGGAAAGACCCCGGCCACUACUACACAGACAGGAAGAUGAUGAUGAAGGGGAUUCUGGUCCUGCUCUGCAUGAUCUUAACAUGCGGAGCUCAGAAAUGGAAGCAGGAAACCUCCCGUUGGGACGCCAAAGCAGAACACACCAACGGCAAGACUUGCUCCAACAUGACCCAGGUACUGGACAACUGGAAAUAUGCCAUUCUGACCCAAGUGAAAGACCUGCUGAUCCAUGACCACGCUUCUGUCCUACCUGAAUACAGCAGGAUCCAGCCUCUGUCAGAUGCCCUGGGAGACCUCUACAGGCAGUUUAACAGCCUAAAGGACGAGCUGGGUAGACUCAGCUUAAAGUUUGACAGCGUGGAGGGUUUUGUGGACGACCUCAAGGAGGGCAAGUUCGCUCUGCCCCAGCGGCCCGUUCAGAGGGUUCCCCCCAGCGUUGGACUGAGGUCUCCACUGCGAGCGCAGAUGAGGGCUCCUGACAGAAGGACCAUCAAGAUCAGAGCGAGGAGGAGAGGACCACAGAGACCUUAGACCUAUAUCAAUGAUGAGGCAUCAAACAAGGGUUAAUAUGUUUAUAGAAGAUGAUUAGCUUGUAUAAUUCUAUUGUUGAGUGUGAUAAUAUAGGUCACAUAAAUAAGACUUGCAUGGUGAAAAAAAUGUAUUUUAUCUUUGCCUUUCUGUACAGUCACUUUUAACCACAAGGUGGCAGCAUUAAUCAAAUUAUCUCAACUGUCAUCCUGCUGCUCUGUGUGUAUUAAUAGCUGGACAUAAAGUAACAUGAUGGCUGAAAAAGUAGCCUAGUGCUGUAAUAUAAUGCACAUUAAUUACCAUUGUAUGAUCAUUGUUUGUAUUCGAGUUUUUUACCCAAAUGAUGAUUAAAAAUAGAUUCAUUUCCAACUUAUAUCAAUCAACAUUUGAUACGCUGUAAAUGAGAUACACGUAUUGAGCAUUUUUCAACAAUAGUAUGAUAACAGGCUUUGCAUUGUGCUACUCAUUCACACACACACACACACACACACACACACACACACACACACACAAUACAUAGGUGCAUGAAACAAUGCGGCGUUUGACGACCAUUUUCACACCACUCUCACUCAACGCUUAGCUUCAUUCCAGAUGGCCUUGUCAUUGUGAAAAUAUCUGUGUAUUGGAACGAUCAGAUGAGAUGAAAAAUGAGAAGAGCUAUCUGUGCUUUUCCUCUUGACUUUACUCGUUGGCUUGCUUUCCUCUCAUCCAUUUAUCUUCUCGGGCACUCAUUCGUUUAAGCUGAACCGCCAACCAGAGUGAUUUCUCUCACCAACAGGCGGAUUCAACAUGCUGAAUCGGCCGAAAAACACAGGCGGACUAGAGCCGACAGUGCAGGACACACCGCAAAAAAUAGGCCGUCGGCCGCUCACCGAUGACCCCAAACUGUGUGUGUCAGGGCUUUUAGUCUACGUUCUCUAGCCAACAUCCGUACGAACGUCAUUUCCGGGAAGUGCACAACAGCCGUGUUGGAUUUGAGACAACACUACCCUGUCGAAAUUCACGCACUACACGCAGUGUACUAACGGAUGUAUCCCAAUUGACAGAGAUAAAUGCCUAAUAUCUGUUUUCCAGUCUGUAUCCUGUCUGUAUUGUGAUGACUCCUGCGGUGUCAGUUAAUUUGCGGGGUGAUUCACCUGUCAGUGCUUUCUGUGCAGGUGAUCGUUAGAGCAACUAGGAACACCUGAGGGUGUCAUUAAAGUCUGGUUGCAGCUGGCAGCCUUCUCUCUCU